GUAAUUAUUGUAUUUAUUUGACGAGUUUUCUAUUUUAGAAUAUUUUACUUGGUCUGCUGGUACCGUACUGCUAUCAAUAUCCCAAUUUAGUGUAAGUCUGACCCUAAAGACACGCACCGCUUGAUGUCCACGCCAGACCAGUAACCACUACUUCUGUAAAAGGAAAAAAAAGGGACAUGGAAGGAACAACGGGCAGAAAGUGUUCUAUGGUAACAUAUUUCAUCGUUGAUAUAUAAUAUCAACGAAGUUUAGGUACCGUUCGGUGUACAAGCAGCGUUACCAAUUUUAUUUAGGGUAAGCUUCGAUGAGGCUCACGGCUGACGAUCAACCCCUCACCAGAGAAGGAAAUGUCAGCUCUCCCGAACCGGAGACUUUUAUGUUUCUCUCAUCUACAUAAAAAAACAAACCAAGCAAACCACUUAAAAUAUGUCUCCUGAUUUGAAACCGACAAUUGUUGCCUUUGCAGGUGCCUGGCAUCCGGCGUCCGCUCUGGAGCCGUUUAUACAGGAUCUGCAAGCGCAAGGCUACCCCGCCGAAGCUCACAAGCUUAAGAUAACUGGCGAUCCUACAGCGCUUAAAGAGGACGACAGCGAGCUGAUGCGGUCGGUGCUGCUCUCACACAUUGAGAAAGGCAAAGAUAUUGUUUUUAUUGCGCACUCGAUGGCUGGACUAGGAGCAUCGCUAGCAAUCAAGGGCCUGCACAAGAAGGAGCGUGCAUCCAAAGGGCUCACCGGUGGCCUCGCUGGCAUCGUCUACAUCGCAGCCUUUAUUCCCAGCAGUGCCAUGGAUGGCCAUACUCCUGACCCGCGAGUUAUUCCCGACCCAGCAACUGGCCUGGCGAGUAUCACGGAUGCCGUCAACUUUUUCUACAACGAAUGCCCUACAGAUGUUGCCGAGGCCACUGUAAAGACGCUCCAAGGGCUGUCGCUAAAGGCGCUCAUAACCCCCACGGCGAAAGGAUAUCUGGACGACGCUGACUUAGACGGAUGCAGAGGUUACAUUGCAUGUGAAAAGGACAAUGCCGUCCCCUUCCGUCUUCAAAAGGCAAUGGUUGAGACGAGCGGGCUGCGCUGGUCAGUCAAGUACAUGGACACUGACCACUCGCCAUUUCUUUCGCAGCGGCCAAGGCUGGUAGAGCUGGUGGAAGAGUUGAUUGCCGAGUUUGAGAAAGCUUGAGCAGUGUAGACAAUUCGAUAGGCCUAUACUAUCCAAUGGGAAGAGACUUCUGCUUUUUAAUGUUUCCAACGAUUGCUCGGCCCAUUGUUUUUGGGUGGCGUGCGAGGUACAUGUCAUUGUUUAUUGUUUGGCUUUUGGCUUUUGGCUUUUUGUAUCCGGUAAAAGCGGCGAUGAGGCGGAACUCAGUGUUUGCUUGCACGCACCUCGUCCCCCCACAACCGUUGCGAUACAG